CAUCARGUUCACCCCUUGUUCUGUCACUAGUCCUCUCUGAUCUGCUAACUCUCUGGUAGCCAUCAUUUCUUUGUUAUAUCUAUCCCUUCUGCAACGUCUUGCCAGGUAAGUUAGAGCGGUGCUAACGGAAAAACUUCCUACAAUCAUAACGAUGCCGAUAUAUCUCAGGACGAUCGCAACUUGUUUGUAAUCCAACUCUGGAUCAGCAUUUAUGUUUUCCUCUUCAAAUGUCAAAGAAUUCUCCGGUAAGUCUUCAAGUUUCUGCCCAAGUUGAAACAUGAGAAUUCCUGUCCCCCAUAGCCUGUAACGCAUUAAUCCUUUUGUUAUACUUUCAUUCAAUAGGUGCUGAAUUCUAUCUUCCAAAGAAAAUGUUUCGUCCGUUGCAUUUGAUGCYUUCACUUUCUCUACUUCAUUCAUACCCAUCUGAAGAACCUCGUAGUUCACAUCCCACUCUGUACCUUGKRCGGUGCCAUUAGCGUCGUAGUUGUGCGAAACGAGCACGUYAGUAGUCUCAGCUGCUAAGUAUGUUCGGACAGGGUCUGUCUGCUUAAUGAAAUCUAACAUGGACAAUUUGGCAACAUUGGAKAACAAAGCAGUCUCUCCUACUCCUUGUUGAUAACAGACGUUUCUGAACCUAUCGUCGAGUAGGAUCACUUUCGCGUCGUGACACAAAAAAGUUCGGAGUGCCUCCGACACAGCCUCUUCCACAAAAUCGAAAUCCAUGAGAGGUGGAGACCAUAUUAAAAACGAAAGACUGACCAGGUCAUCUUCGAACGCCAGGCAACACGUUGUUAGAGUGAAUGUUAUAAUGAGAGGGAACAGCAUCCGGUUGAAUGCGACUACCAUUAUAUUCUUCAAAAUGGAGUUUGACUUCAAACGUUUGAGAGGGAUGUAGCAAUAUCGAUACACGAUGGAUGUUGUUACUACGUAUCUGGUAAUUCUUGUCUUCGUGCUACGAAGGGUGUGGAAAGCGACGAAAUAUCUUCACUUGUCUAGACGACAGGAAAGCUCUCCGGGUACGAGUUACGAUACCGGAUUCCCAGAUCCAAUGCCCCUUUGACAAAAUGUGUUCGAUAGCUCUCGUAAGAAUACUACCUGGUGCUGUAGUUGAUAUUUUCAGGUCGAAAGAGAAAUUCAGUAAUUCGAAAUCGUGCAUAAUUUUUCACCAAAUGGGGAAAUAAAGACGUACCGWACGUCCACGUGCUAGAUAUCGAGUGACUGCAUUAAAUCCAUUUUUUUGUCUCGGAUCUUUUGCACGUGCUCUCUUACGUACAUGCAACAAAUUAAAACGAUUCAUACAGUAGGCAGUAUGCUGAAAUGUAUUAUCACAUGGCAUGCAGACAAAUUGUACGUAGUGCCAGUUCACACGUAACAUGGGCCCUGCGCGGCCGGCCGGCCCUUGCCUUAUCCGGAAGGACUGGCUUGCAUUCUUUUUUAACAGAAUAAAAUUCCUUGCAGAGUACGCGUAUAGUUCAGUACAUACGUAAUUGAGUGGUCAAGAAGUAAUCUUUUUUAUGCACGUGUCGGACACCAGUGGUAAACUAAUACGAAAACUACUAGCUAAGCGUACGUGGAAAUUAGUCGUUUCGGAACGCCCCUAGUACUAGUACUAGUACUAGUAUGAUGUUUGUUAAUAGCCAGAAGAAUCAAGAAGGUGAAAAAGGUGAGGGACAACAACAAGCAAUAAGCCACUAACAAGAACAAGAAAGAAAGGAUCUCUCAUGUCAAUAAUCRAUUGAUUGUUGAGGAGACAUUGCAAAGGCAUCAUUCUUUGCACCUCCUGCUGUGACGUAGUACUAGUAGUACUACUAGUAGUACUUGUUCAGUACUACGGACCCAGUUCUUCCACCAGGAGAUAGCUUGGACGUCACUGCGGCAAGGUGGGGAGGGACUAUCAAUGGCGCUAUCACUGCAUGCAGACACAAYGUGCAGACAUUGGUGAGGAAAAAUUACAAGGGUAAGCAAAACAAGUGCAAGUACAUGCACAUUACUACCAGACACAAUUAAAGUUUUUGUGACUCAUGAUCAUCGAUCAUCAUUGUCUGUUAAGUACAGGAGACAAAAAAAACAGGUAGUACCAGACACGUUUGGUGGCAAGUGCUUCAUAGCGGAAGGAGAUGAAGGAGAGACAUACGUCCUGAGAAGUAGCUACAGAUGAGAAAAUAGUCCGGAAUUCAGGUACUUCUUUGUAACAAGGAUUCUAGGGGCUGUGUCCCCAAAACAAAUGGAAUUCAAGAGAAGAAAACACAAAGAUAAUCUGAGCUCCAUUUUCACCACAACAGACAAGGCUUUUGCACUCCUGUUUUAAUACAAUGACUACGAAUCAUGGAAUAAUUCUGGGAGUGGAAAGAAAACCAGAAAGUGAUUCACAGAUAGUAGUAGGAUAGGUAACAAAGAAGGCGGAGCUACGAGGGACGCAUGCUGUUUGGAAAGUUAGUAGAAGAGGUAAGGAAGCAAAGAGAGGAAGAUGCUUCCAUGGAGAUUGAACAAUCACUAAGGGCGGCGUACAGAAGAGAAAAUGGAGACGACAGGGAGGAUAGAAUUAAUUAAAAAAGAAAGUUGCGCAAAAUGGAGAAAAAUUUUGAUCAGAAAAAAUACUGGGAGGACAAUGAGGACUUAAAUSAACUGAGGUCAAAGAUAUGGGCUGUAUGAAAACCCCAACAGUAUUAAUUMUAACAGAACAUAGUGGAUACGAAAAUAAUGAUAAUAGCAGCACAAAACAUUUACUUCUACUAGUACAUCUUUACCAAUUAGAUAGAAUUGAGUCACAGUGAAAUAUAUUUGGCACUACUAGAAAUAGAGGAGUUGCCUAUGGGCGGCAAAGAGUUGGCAUCACAGAGAAGGAAUUGAAUACCSCCUAGAAGAAUAGAUAAAGUCAAACAAAUAUUUUUGUGACAAUACAUGGUACUUUUAAAAUGGUUGAGACAAUUUGUCUCCAAAUAUGAGGAAAAUAAAUUUCAAGAAAAAAAAUGAAACCGAGCAUGAGAAAGGCCAUCAAACUCCACAUGAGAAAUGAGUGGUGCGAGAACAUAUUUAAAGGAAAACGGCCAAAUAUUUGCGUACAAGCAUUACAAAAUACACGCCCAAAUUUAAUUUUAUGAAUGCAGGAAAAAAGAGUAUCAUAGUAACUGUUUGUGUGACGUAGUACUAUCAGCAGUGGUGCUGAAGGCAUGAGAGUUGAUAAGUUGAUGGAUCCCUGCCCACUACUACUACUACUACUACUACUACUACUACUACUACUACUACUAUCCAUGCAGAUCCCCUAUUACCAGCAGUUGAGUGGUUGGGGUUGCACAGGGGGAUCAGCAGAUGUUGCAAUAGAGAGAAGCAACAACAAGUGGUGGGCGUGUGACAGGAGCAGUCAAGUUGGGGGUGUAGGUGGCUCCUCUUUUGGUAGGAAAAGUCUGGAUGUAAUGGAGAGGAUCCCCUAUCAAGAAUGCUGCUAGUAGAGCAACAAGUGUGUCAAUCAUGGAUACUCUAUUACUAGUACUACUUCUGGUAUUAGUGGAGAUGCAGAUCCCCUAUCAGUGGGGACAAACAAAGACACUAGGUGCACUUCCUCCCCUUCACACCACCAUUAUAGCUAGGUACUGUUUGAACCCCCUCCCCUAGUAUAGGUACUGCUUGAAGUGCUAAGAUACUACUAGUCUUCUUCAGUGGUAAGGAAUACUAGUACUAGUAGAACUAUUACUAGUAGUAGAAGCUCUUGUCCUAACCACUCCAGAAUCAUGAGUAGCUACUAGUACUAGUGGAUAACCUCACUCAUUAGUAUUGUAAGUUWYKUAUUAUUAUACASUAAGGAGCCUCUCAAAAUUUUACAGAAGAUACAAGGUAUCUCUUGUUGAUACUUGCUCUUCACUCCUACAAGAACAUCAAUACUACUGACAGCUAUUUCCUGUUUCCUCUCUUCUCCCUACUURAYACUUUGUAGAAUAUUGUUUGCCUUAGAGUCAAUCGAAGUUUCAGCUCUGAAUGUUGACAAUUCCUCGAAGCAGUGACUUUACAGUGGUUGUUAGCUUCGUUUURUUGUACAAAUCCCCAGACUGACGAACAACCUCACUAGUGGUAGGAUAUGGGUGGAUAACGUUUGCAACGGCACCUAGACCUGUUCCCGAAUCCAUGGCCAAGGUAACUUCCCCAAUCAUAUUUCCAGCGCCCUCUCCAACAAUAGAACACCCCAAAAUAGCAUCUGUUUUGGCAUCGACACGAAAUCGAAYGAAACCCUCUCUGUURUCGUCGCAAAUUGCGCGAUCGUUGUCUUUGAAGUGUUUCUCAAAGACACGGUAUUGGAUCCCCAAUUCGUCCAAAUCUUGACCGUAGAGGCCUACGCUUGCAAUCUCGGGGGAGGUGAAAGUCGCAUACGGGAUCAACAAAUCCGACAUUUUUCCUUUCCCAAAAAACAGAGCAUUKCGGAUGACGGUUCGCGCCAUAAAGUCUGCUGCAUGGGUAAAUUUGAAUUGCGAACAGCAAUCGCCGACACCAUAUAUACGWGGAUUUGUCGUCUGGAGUUUAUCGUUGACAAUGAGACCUUUCUUAGUAUCGUACUCCACCUUGGCAAGUUCCAAAUCCAUACCCGUAACGUUCGGACGACGACCUGCGGCUACCAGAAGCGCAUCGAACUCAUAGGUAGUMUCCUUCUCCAUGCCCUUUUCUACAACGGUCAUUUUCAUCUCGGGAUAUCCGUUUUUGAGGACGUUGCCAUUCAAUUCAAUUCCCUUGUAUUCGGCUACAGAUAGACUGAAGGAAACCCCGUCCUUGAUCAUUUGCUGUUUCACAACCUCGKCCAUGUCUUCGUCUUCUUUUGGAAGAACUUUUCCCGAUCGCCCAAAGACCGUGACUUGAGAGCCUAAUCGCUGCAUCGCUUGCGCGAGUUCCAUCCCGAUCACACCAGCGCCGAUCACACCCAGUCUCUUGGGUUGUUUGGUCAUGUUGAAAAAUGUUUCGUUCGUCAUGACAAUUGGCUUUGGUUCUUUUGGGUCGGUCGUAAAAGAUUUUUUAUACAGUUCCUGCAAUCCAUUCAUGGGGAUCAGGGUUGGAUAGCCACCGGUCGCAAUGACCGCUUUYUUGAAAUUCAGGGUCCGUCCGUUCACAAUUACGGAGCGCUCCGAMGUGAACACAGCUCGACCGAUGUACACUUCCACACCUAGACUGGUGAAUCGCUCGGCGGAAUCGUGGUGGGAAAUCUCUGCACGGACCUUUCGAACCCGCUCCAUGACUUUUUCGAAAUCGAUGCGAACCGCAUUUGGGUCGACGAAGACCCCUGCCUCCUCCAGGCGCUUGAUGUCGCCCUUGACCGAAUGCGCCAUAUUUGCGGAAUGAAUUAUGGCUUUUUUGCGCAUUGAUCAAAUCAAAAAUGUUGGCAAGAGACAAAAACGAAAGUUCUAGUGAGGGACACACGUGUCAAUCAUUCCUCAUCUACAMCGUGCAAUCAAGGGAAUGUUAUGUAUUUCCCACAGUCAGUAGAUACGUCCGACACACAGUAUUCCUACCUUUYGAUGGGACACAUCCAACAUUAAGGCAAUCGCCUCCGAGCAAAUUCUCUUCGAUCAUGGCAACCUUUGCUCCAACUCCGGCAGCACUGGCGGCGGUAACUAAUCCUCCAACCCCCGCUCCGAUGCAAACCAUGUCGUAGGUUGACGACCCAUCUUUACCGUUGGCUUUCGGAUCCAGCCAAUCGGGGGGAUGGACGUGAUCGAGGAGCGUCGUGUUGUGCGAGUCCAUGGGCCAGACGUGGCUAGCAGUGUGGACGUCUUUUGGAUUUAGUGAGUCGAAAUCGGGUUGCUGGAGCAUCGGCUGCAACGGCUGGUCGUUCUCGGCCAGGCCCAGGUUUUCCCCUCCCAAAAAGCUGGCCCAUUUGACGGCUUGCCUGGUUUUCUCGUCGAUUUUGAACGAUCCCCGUUCAUUUUCCCCGACCAUGCGGUAAAACAAGUAAUCGUCCUUGAAGUCGUGGUCGCGAAAUACGUGUUCGAACAGCUUCAUUUGCUGUAGCGCCUUUCCGAGUUCGACGGCAUCUUCGCGGCUUGAGACAGCCUCGCUYUUUAGCAAGAAAUCGACGGCCUCRGAUCCCACGAAUACCUGCUUGUAUGUUUUGAGACGAAACGUGCGGUCUUCGAGCUUGAUGUUUUGUUUGAAUUGGAGGGCGAUGUCGUUGAGAUCCUUCCUGAAUUCUUCGGUCGCACUAAUUGUUUCUUUUUCGUCGGUCAUGGUUGCGUCUGGGUGUAUUUUGUUGUUGUAUUGUAUUACAAUAUAAUGUAAUGCGUUUUAUUCUGAAUUGUAACUYUGGAGUGUUGAAUUUAUGAACUAUCAAGGACUGCACAAUAUUAUUAUGAUUUCAUCACUUKGCUUGAACAAUGGUCGUCGUUACUAGUAGCAAAAGUGAAAUUGAAAAUUGAUUCAUCAACCGAACAGGAAAACAGAUACGAGCACGAGCAGAGCGAAGGAAUGCAAGAAGAUACUGUACGUAAACUAUGAAAAAAAAGCACUGUUCAGUACGUACGACUACGUACCGUACUUUAUUCCUCAUCGCGCUCCAUUUUAGAAAAGAUCGCCCGAGCAGAAAAUAGUCCCACACGAUUCCACUGUAAGCUUAAAAACCAAACCGUGGAUGAGAACCCUAUUACUACUACAUUUUUAAUUUCAAACGCGCGAUUCAACGAUCAUAAUUAUUUUGGAUKGCCUGCGUCACAAAAAAAUACUGACAUGUUGUUACAUGUACGGGUACUACUACCUACCAACUACAGUAAUUCUCAACAGAAAGAAGAAGGUCUUCCCCAAAACGAUGCGAGUACGAGUAGUUGAUACACCGUAAAUCARCACGAAUGAACAAAAUAGGAACAAGUAGUACAACUAGCGUGCGAUAGUGAUAGUACUGUGUGACGUAAUGGUAGUUCUAGGCUGGUGUCCUUUCGAUUGGUCAUUGAGCAGAGGAGUCACAGUCCAUCAUACUAUUAUCGUUACYUGUCACUWUCGUCAGAGUCACUAGUAUGAGUAUWUGCAACUGAACAAGAUCGGCAUCACAAUGCGUCGUGUAGUAGUAUGGAUCAUGAUGGUGGCUAGACGAACUAUGAAUCAUACAAAAAAUUGAAAGUCUUUGUUACUACAAAAAACUUCAUACUGUGGUAUCUGACCUCACGAACUAGAAGAGGCAAAAGGGAAGUCAGUAGGGAUGCACUGUUAGAUUCAAUGCUMUUAGAUCCGAGGGGCUGCAGCACCUGCAAAAAAGCCACACGACCAGGUUGUACUGAUAYACAGCAUGAGCUUGUUUUUUGGUAAAGAAAUGGGGGAGGUUACUGCUAGUAUUCCUACCUUAAAACAU